AUGCGCCCGUGGCCCAACCUCGUCGCCGUCCUCGUCUUGCAUCUCUUCACUUCAUGCUGUCAAGGCGCCUGGGUGAGAGACGCCUGGGUCAGGAAGUAUCCGUGUGGCCCCUUGCGACCCGACUUGCCGGCACCAGACAAGCCGUUCUGGAUUGACAGCCUGCGCGGCAAGUUGGAGACGGUGGACGGUUCGACGCAGUUAUCGCUGUCUAUCCUGGGCGUGCACAAUACUUCGAUGUUUGGUUGCCUGGAUCUCGAUGUGGCGAGGUUCGAGAAGGCGCUGGGCCUCGAGGUGCUCGGAUAUCCCGUCGGCCGUCUUGGACAUUUUGGCGUGACAUGUCCUCUGCCGAUUGACGACUCUCUCACACCUUUCGAUGGCUAUCGCUUCUCAGCCUUUGACGUGGUCUACCUCCUCAACCACACCCAUCAACUCCAGAGCCUCGUCGCCGAGUUCCGCUUCCACCACGUCGAGAAUGGCCACGAGCUGGACUGCACCGUGGCUAAAAUCACGCCGGUCAUUGGAACCACCGCGUCGGCUGCCUUGACGUACCUGCCCGCCGGGAUCAUGGCCCUCGUCGGCCUGGCCUCCUGGCAAACGCACGUUGGCGAGCUGGCAACCAACCCUCUCUUCGAAUACGGUUCCGCCAUGGCCGGCCGCAGCCUUGUCUGGGAGACAAUCGUCGAUGUGGCCGACUACCUGCGCCAUCUUCAGUUUGUCUUUCUCUCGGCGUCCUUGAGCAUCGACUACCCGGGCUUCUACCAGCCCGUCGUCAGCAAGAUUGCCUGGUCAUCGCUGCUGUUCUGGAGAGGGCCAAUCCAUCACGGCUUCACGCAUCAGAGCGUGCAGCAGGGCAUGUAUAUCAGCAACGCGUCCUACGGCCUGGACUACAUGGCGCAGGUGCUUGGCUUUCCACGGGUGCCUGACAGUAUGCUGAAUGCCUUUGUCAACCUGCUUCUCGUCGCCUCCGUCCUCUUCUUCAUCUUGGCCGUCUGGUACCUGUUGACAUCACGGCAAGGCCAGGGGACGCCGUGGCGUUCCCUGCUCCAAAUGGCGGGAGGCAUGGCGGGAGGCGCCGUCCUGUCGCUCUUCAGCUUCCCUCUUGUGACGUACAUGUCUGAUGACAUGAUAUUCAUCGGCUACCUGCCAAACUACCGCAUCGCCUUGGCCGUCAUGACCCUGUUGGUCCUUGUCUGUGCAAACUAUAUUAUAACUCACCGUUUCGGGAAUAAUCGACAACUGAAACCUGCUUCUCACGCCGAGUCGUCUCGCGGUUGCCCGAUGUCAUUAGACUGCAGUCGGUUGUGGACAUAUACUUCUUACUAUCUGCCACAAUCCAUACCGCUCCUGCAGGCGAUUGUCAUCGGAGCUCUGCAAGAUUGGGGCACGGCACAACUACUCGUACUCACAAGCAGUGAAGCCGUGUUUCUCCUCCACGCCACUCUGCCGCGAAGCGUCAAGUGCAAGUUCCUUUGCUCAAAAACCGUCUGGUGCUCCGUCGUCCGCCUGGUGACUACCUCCUCGCUCAGCAUUGCCGUUAUAACCGCCGCGAGCGAAGCCACCAAGCAAUGGGUUGGCUACGCAAUGCUCUGCCUUCACGGGAUGGUCAUCUUACCGGGCUUCUCUUCCCACGCAAUCUGGCAGCUAUAUCGCGCAAACAAAAAGGGGGGCCAUCUGUCCCAAGAGGCCUACUUGAUAGACUCUCACAGCAGCCAUUCAAACGAACAAACGUUGAACCUCGACGACAUUGGCUCUCACUUUGUCCGCAUGAACAGGCAACGCCAGCGACACGAGACCCCAGACAUGCCGGACGAACGACUGCGCAGUCUCCGAGACUAUCCACGCCCAGCCCUCAAGACAUCACCCGCGCCUCUGCAAGAUGCCAAGCAGGCGCCUGCCCUCCCCCCGGCAGCAACAGACGCAGACCACCAGCUCGACUUUUCCCCGUUUUACAGAAAACCACGGUCCCGCAACGCGACCCCAUACUCGCGCCCUGAUUCCUCCAGGCAGUCUUCAAGAUCGAGCGUCCCGUCGCCCACGCCGACCAACGAGUCCGAUCCAGAGCCGGGCCCUUAUUUCCAACCCCAGCGGCAGUCGCAGGAAACACUGGACGCGCUCCUGGAGGCAUCCCUGCCCCCAGACGUGGACUACUCCGUCAGAGAAUCGGAUCGUUUCUACGGGAGACCGGUGAGCGGCUCGGCGAACCCCCUGGUGACGCCGGGGGCGGCGGGCAGACCUAUCCACCAGGACUGGAGGCAGAUGAUUCCCGAGAUUUUCAAACACCAGAAGAAAGAGAAGGGGUUCCAGGUUGUCCGGCCGCCACGCCCGCCGCAAUGA